GAGACGUGGCAGCGGAGGGAUAAUCGGAGCGGCUGGAGCUGGAAGCGGAGCGUAGCUCGACUGAGCGCGGCGUCUGCCCUUCCGCGCUUUGGGUCAGCGCUCGUGCCCGGCAGGACCGGUGCCGCACCCGAUCAGUAACCUGCUGAGGGGGGUCGACCAUGGGGCUUUGCAAGUGCCCCAAGAGGAAGGUGACCAAUCUGUUCUGCUUCGAACACCGGGUCAACGUCUGUGAGCAUUGCCUGGUGGCCAAUCACGCCAAGUGUAUCGUCCAGUCCUACCUGCAGUGGCUCCAAGACAGUGACUACAAUCCCAACUGUCACCUGUGCAACACACCCCUGGCCAACCGGGAGACAACCCGCCUCAUCUGUUAUGAUCUCUUCCACUGGGCCUGCCUCAAUGACCGUGCUGCCCAGCUACCCCGAAACACAGCGCCUGCUGGCUAUCAGUGUCCCAGCUGCAACGGCCCCAUCUUCCCCCCUAACAACCUGGCUGGUCCCGUGGCCUCAGCACUAAGAGAGAAGCUAGCAACAGUCAACUGGGCCCGGGCAGGACUGGGCCUUCCUCUGAUCGAUGAGGUGGUAAGCCCGGAGCCCGAGCUCAACACCUCGGAUUUCUCGGACUGGUCCAGCUUUACUGCCAACAGCAGCCCCGAACAAGAGGAGAUGGCCAGCGCCUCUGCUGCCCCAGCCUUCUACAGCCAAGCCCCUCAGCCCCCCUCCUCCCCCAGCCGGCCCGAGCAGCACAUGGUGAUCCACAUGGGCAGUGCCGAGCCCUUGACUCACGCCUCGGCCCCAAGGAAGGUGUACGACACGCGGGACGAUGACCGGGCGACGGGCCUCCACGGCGACUGUGAUGACGACAAGUACCGCCGCCGGCCGGCGCUUGGCUGGCUGGCCCAGCUGCUCAGGAGCCGGGCGGGGUCUCGGAAGCGGCCGCUGACCCUGCUUCAGCGCGCGGGGCUGCUGCUGCUGCUGGGGCUGCUGGGCUUCCUGGCCCUCCUCGCCCUCAUGUCUCGCCUGGGCCGGGCUGCGGCUGACAGCGACCCCAACCUGGACCCGCUCAUGAACCCUCACAUCCGCGUGGGCCCCUCCUGAGGCCCUGCUCUGUCUGGACAGCUGAGGACCUGGGGCCGGAGAAGGGGAGGUGGGGAAAUGGGGACCCUGCUCCUCUGUUCUUUCCAACCUGAGACACUAAGAGCCCAGACCUAAAGCCGAGUCCCGAGCGGAUGCAGACUGGGCUUGGAGGCCCUGCAGAUCAAGCGUCUGUCUUGACUGGCAUCUCCUGGGUCUCUAGCCUUCCAUCCCCCCACCCGAUGAGGGAGCUGACAGGUGGAAAUAAACAAGAGACUUUAUUAA